AUGUCUGAAGCUACUGAAGUAACAUCCGUUUCAGAGGUUUCCUCUGUUCCGGCCAUUCCCUCAAUUCUUCCUCUUGAAUUAAUCGAUAAGAGUAUCGGUACUAAGAUAUGGGCUAUUAUGUCUGACUUCCAUGAAUUCGUAGGAACCUUGAUUGGUUUCGAUGAUUUCGUCAAUAUUAUAUUAAGUGAUGUGACAGAAUAUGAUGUUGCCAAGAAAGAGGUUUCCAAGAAAUCUAAGAUGCUUAUUUCUUCUAGGAAUUUAGCUAUGUUGGUUCCGAAUGGAGAUGGUCCUGAAUUAAGUAUGUAA